AGCGAAGCUGCCACGGUUCCAGCCACUUUCGACUGCCAUCGCCAUGCCAUCUUUUGGGUUUGAGUUGGAAUAUGCCAAGAGCUCCCGCUCUGCUUGCAAGCAGUGCAAAGAGAAGAUCGAAAAGGACACCUUAAGAAUCGGCCUGAAAGUGCUCAUAGAUGCUGCGCCGGAUGAUGCGGAAGCAAGGAAAAGAGCACAUAGCAUGGAAUCUGCCAAGUGGCAUCAUGAAGGCUGCUUUCCCAAGAUCAAAGGCAAAACUUGGUUCCGACAGCACCUACCUGAGGAGCCUGAUAGCAUCACGGGAUUUGAUGCGUUGAAAGAAGAUGACCAACAGAAGGUGAAGCUUUUGCUGCAAAGUUGCAGGGGUGAGGAGACUGAGACUGAGACGCCCAAGGGCAAUAAGCGCAAAGCUGAUCCCGAUCAAAAGUCGAGCAAGAAAUCAAAGUUCUUCGCCAGUCAGGAGGAUCAAGCAAGUGCCCUCAGUGCAGAGGAGCAAAAGUCCAUUGAGACACUGAAGGCGGAGCUCUGCAAGAAGAACGUGGCAGCUUUAGGAGCAAUGCUGGCAAAGAAUGGCUUGCCCAAGUCUGACCUUCCGAGGUCAGGGAAAAAGGAGGAGCUCUUGGAUCGAGUGGCGGAAGCCAAAGCCUUAGGCGUCCCGCCUGUGUGCCCGCUGUGUGAGAAGCAGAAACUGCGAUUCUCCAAGGUCACAGGUAGCUACAGCUGUCCGGGCUUCUUUGACGAUGAAUCCAAGUCCUUCAAGAGAUGCAAGGGACCUGGAGAUGACACCCAGCUUGUCCGCACGAGUUGGCAGGAAUUGGGCGCCUGAAAGGCCUGAAAGGCCUGAAAGGCCUGAAAGGCCUAAGGUGUGUGUUGGUGACAACAUCGACACAAAUCGACACCUCGGGGGAUCCUCGCAGCGCAGCCGGCCAAGGGCCAGGCUUUGGGGACUUUGGGGACGCGCCGCGGGUGAAAGAGCG